AUGAAGAGCGUGUUCGACGAAGUGACCGGCACCCCCGAUCGUGAGUUCGAGCUGUCCUCGGGCGAGUUCAACACCACCGAGGGCAGCGUGGAGUGCGUGCUGCACGGCGCGCGCUUCGACGUGCGUGAUGGCCGCGCCCUGUGCGCCCCGGCCUACACCCCGGUGCCCAAGUUCCCGGUGAAGCGCGAACACGACGCCAUCUGGACCCGCGACGACCGCGACUGA